AUGUGUUCUCCAAGUAUUCAAAAGGAUAUUGUUGAUUCUUGUGCUAAGGAAACAAUCAAAUUUAUCCUUGAAGACUUAAAUGAGAAUUAUUUUGGGAUACUAGUUGAUGAAUCAAAUGAUAUAUCACACAAGGAGCAAAUGACACUUGUUUUGAAAUAUGUUAACAAAGAAGGAGAAGUGAUAGCGAUUUGUUGGCAAGGUUAUGAUGGAGCUAGCAAUAUGCAAGGAGAGCUAAAUGAUCUUAAAACUAAGUUGAUUUUGAAUGAGACUCCAAUGGCAUAUCGCAUUCAUUGUUUUGCCCACCAAUUGCAGUUAACACUAGUGGCUCUUGCAGAGAAGGAUUCGAAUGUAGAUGACUUUUUUUGCUUAGUUAUUAAUGUGUUAAAUAUUGUUGGAGCAUCUUUUAAGCGCAGGGAUUUACUGCGGAAAUACCAAGGUGAAAAGUUAGAGGAGUUACUCCUAUCAGGGGAAGUGCAUAUUGGGCAAGGAUUAAAUCAAGAAUGUGGGCUUCAGGGGACAGGUGAUACUCGUUGGGGUACUCAUUAUAGAACAUUAGAUAAUAUUAUUGUUUUAUUUUCAUCAGUUAUUCAUGUGCUUGAAUUUACUGGAUGCGAGCGUCCAAACAAUACUGAUAGGCUUGUUGCUAAAACUCUUGUGGAUACGAUUAAGAAAUUUGAUUUUGCCUUUAUGUUGCACUUGAUGUGA